CAGGGUAUUUUAGCGGAUAUUACGCCGUAAAGCGCCCGUAAGGGUUACGGGGUCCUCAGUGGGCAGCUACUGCUGGGGCUCGUAAGGCUUGCGGGAGCCAGGUGUGAGGUCCGUUCGGCGGUGUGCCUCUUAAAGGCUGUCUCAAUCACUGGCUUUACGGAUGAAAAAGUUGUUUGUAUAAUUCUGUUGAUUCUCAUGUAUUUGUUGAUAACAACAAUUGUUAAUGACUUUUCGAACACAUACUUUUUAUAUUCUAGGGAAAAUAUAAAGAUUAGAUCAAGUGAAGGAGUGUGUGAUUGGAAACACUUGGGUGAUAACCUAAAGUCUCACAAAUCAAGUCGACAGCACAAAGAUAGGUUUAGGUCACGUAGAAAUAAUUAUGUAUAAGUCAUUUACGCGCGGUAUUUCGCAAUAUGCUGAAAUUAUUGAAGAAAUCAAACGGCUAGAAACAAACUUUAAAAAGGAUCCCGCUGACAGGAAGACCAAUAAGUACCGAUGGUGCGGUGCUGAGUACGAAUCACUUUUUCACAAGGACGUUAUACAGAAUGCAUUAGAGAUUAAUGGUCUGGCUGUCUUGGGAAGAAGUAUGGACUUCGAUGGGGUUUGGUCUGGAAAGUGUCCAGAAGCCAGAUCUAACGAUCAUUCCUUUGACGUACUCGCUGAUAUAGAUAACCUCGAGGACCUUGGGCAAAAGAAGCUCUGUGCCUUGUUCCAUUCUGUAGCGCUCCCACAUUCAACAAUUGUAUAUGUGGGAUCGUCUCCAGGAGAUGCUUGGCUUAGCACGUUACCCUACUUUAGGAAUCUGCAUAAGAUUAUUUUUAUAGAUCCUAGACCUCUCGCCAGAGAGGCACCCGGAUACGUUGUACAUCACUCCAUUGCUAUAGGAAGUCCCGAGGACGUUAGGAAAAUCAUAGUUCAUAAAGAAGACUGUGUGCUUAUAUGGGAUCGGGGAGACACACCAAGCGAUUUGGACGUCAGAGAUGAACUAAUUCUUAAGGAAAUAUCCUUGAUCAACGCGAUAUUAGCAGACGAAAAAUACUGAGCAAAUUCUUCUUAAUACAUAUCAAAAUUAACAUGAAGUACUUCACUUCGUAUUCCCUUCCCGAUUGCGGACGAUUCUUUCUGCAGCCCUACACACUUUCACGCGACGUAUGUGAAGCUAGAUUUGUGUGAAAGUGAGCAAAACGAAGUAUUCUGCUCGCUUCCCCGAGUCAAAUUAUGAGAGACAAUAUUAUAAAAGAGAUGAACACGACUAAAACGAAACUCGCAUCCGGAGAGAUUCCGGAAUCUUCACUGGUGACUAAUGCGCUUACGGCCAGAUAUCGUCGCAUCGAUUAUCUUACGGAAAAAGCAUACAAUGACCCGGAAGAAGAGAUUUUCCUCUACACGAUAAAUCACUACCCAACUGAAAGAGUGCUCUCGUAUUUAUCCUUUUCUCACAAGAUCCUAUAGGAGAUUUAUCGUCAGAUUCUUUACUGGCGCUGCCCAUAUUGACGAUGUACAUCCUUUCGCUGAGGGUGAGGCCUUGCUGUUAGGAUUGGGUACCAUCUUAGAUUCUCGUUCGAUCAUUAAAGCUUAAAUUGAGAACAUAUACUUCCUCCUAUCCAAUCAGCUUAAUGAUCUGUUUAAGGAGGAAGAAUAUACGUCCGAGACAUACAAAAUUCGCAAGACUGAAUAUUCUGUGGUCACACGGUCCAGGAUCCCGAUCUAGGAUACAGUACGACGAGACGCGUGUUCAAAUAUAGGAGCGCAGUUCCCCAAAUUCCCUGCCGCGUUCAGUAUCUCGGAUUCUUUGCUGUCCCCGUCUGGGCACGCCCUGAGAAUGGGCUUCGAAUUUUUAGAUGGAAAAACAUCGAUAGCUAUUCCACUUACGAAUAGUACGACAAAGAAAUGAGUCACCAAAUUUCUUUGUUCGUGUAGGAAUAGCGGCCAUAGUAAGUCGGUGGCAACGUAGGCCAGCGCGCGUGGUCCUCUGAAGAAAAGGUGAUGGAGGGAUAAGCGAGAAGAGCUCCUCAGAAC